AUGUCUUCCCAGUUCAACAACUGGAGGAGCGACCCGAGUGAAUCACAUGGUCCGUUGAUGAGCAUUACUUGUUGGUCGCUUGGUGGAGUCUCCCUUCUCUUCCUCGUUGUUCGCUGCGGGAUCCGCCAAAGUCAAAAGAAAUUUUGGUACGACGAUGGUCUGCUUGUAAUCAGCUGGUUCUUACUCCUCGUUCAACUCAUUUUGAACCAACUAAGUAUAAACUUGGGGUUUGGGAAGCACGCGCUUGACAUCGACUUUUCCCAUUUUGAGCGCAUCACGUAUUACGGUGCAUCCGGACUUACCGUAUCUAUUGCCGCCAUCAUCUUGAGCAAAAUCUCGUUUGGCGUCACUCUGCUCCGAUUGACAGAAGGAUGGCUGAAGGCCUACGUCUGGUUUGCCAUCAUUACCCUCUUCGCCUUUGCAGUACCGGUAGCUGUCCUUCCUUGGACCCUUUGCAAGCCGUUAACGAAAACAUUCGUGGAUAUUUUACCUGGAACGUGUGUUGACAAACAUCCUUCUGUACAAUAUGGAAGGUUCCAAGCUGUAUGGGCUGCAAUCAUGGAUAUUUCCCUGGCACUACUACCAUGGAAAGUCCUAUGGAACCUUAAGAUGCGUACUGCGGAGAAGAUUGGAGUCGGUAUAGCGAUGAGCUUGGGGCUUUUAGCAGGAGCCACCGCUAUCGUCAGAGCAAGAUAUGUCGAACUGCUGCAAACCCAAGAUCUUUCAUAUGAAGCAUACAACUCCGUCAUUUGGUCAACCGCGGAGUCCGCCAUGACGAUUGUUGCCACGUCCAUCCCCAUACUCCGUGUCUUCUUCAAACAAGCAGUCAGCCAAGCGAUGUCAAACUACCACAACUCGACGAGCCGAAGCAAAUCGAAAUCCACUGCUUCAGGAAGCAAUCCUUCUCAGCCUUCGAAUAACGCAAGCACACUUGCAAACGACACACGUCGUUUGAGCAAAAAGAUCACACGUAUCACAGGCCACACUAGUACGGAUUCUCUGUUUAGAGAUGAUGAUAUUGAGAAUCAGGAUCGCAAGGAGGGCUACAUAGAGUUGGAUGAUCUUGUUGUGGACGAGAAAACUGGACGUGUGACAGCGUUGACUCCCGACUCGUUGCCAGACUCCAUAACACGCGCACCCAUACACGCAGAAGACUGGCCUUUGGGCGAAUACUCCUUACCACAGAAAACAGCAGGCUCUAGCCGUGAUUGUGGGAGAUAG